CCGGUCUAUCUGCUGACUAUCUGUUAGCUAUCUUGCGUCGUAGAGUCCCAGUACCUCGGCAUGUUUGGCUUUUCGCAGUCUUCCGGCGCUGCGGCUGCCGCCCGCGCUGAUGUCGGCCGUCCUGCUCACCUGGUGCCGUGGAUAGAGAAGGUGAGCACAGGAGAAGACCAUCUCCUUAUGCCCGCCUGGUUCAUGCCAUGGUGUAUUUAUCUUCUCUUUGUGUUGUUUCCUUCCAGUACCGUCCGAAGACGAUGGAUGACGUAGCGCACCAGGAGGAGGUGGUUCGUGCGCUCAAGUCGGCCAUCCACAGCGCCAACAUGCCGCAUCUGCUCUUCUACGGUCCGCCGGGGACGGGCAAGACGAGCAGCAUCCACGCCAUCGCCCACCAGCUGUACGGGCCCAUCUACAAGUCGCGGGUCCUGGAGCUCAAUGCGUCGGACGAGCGGGGCAUCGGGAUGAUCCGUGAGCGCGUCAAGAAGUUCGCCCAGGUGCAGGUGCGGUACCACCCCACCGAGGCCAAGGAGUACCCCUGCCCGCCCUACAAGAUCAUCAUCCUCGACGAGGCCGACCAGCUCACCAGCGAGGCCCAGGCCGCCCUCCGCCGCACCAUGGAGAACUACACAAGGGUGACGCGCUUCUGCCUCAUCUGCAACUACAUCAGCCGCAUCAUCGAGCCGCUCGGCAGCCGGUGCGCCAAGUUCCGGUUCCAGCCCAUUGGCGACGACAGCCACCGCAAGCGCCUCGAGCACAUCGCCGCCGCCGAGGGCGUCAAGAUCGGUGAGGCCGGCAUGACCACCCUGCUGCUGCUGGCCGAGGGCGACCUGCGUCGGUCCAUCACCCUCAUGCAGUCGGCCUACAACCUGCACGGCCCGGAUCACCACAUCGCCCCGUCCGACCUCCUCGAGGUGGCGGGGUGCGUCAAGCCGGCCGUCAUCACGGCCUUCCUGCACACCUGCAAGACGGCCAGCAGCUUCGACGACGUCCAGAAGGUCAUCGAGCAGGACCUGGUGGCCGGCGGAUACACAUGCUCCCAGAUCAUCCCACAGAUCACCGCACGCCUCGUGGGCAAGAAGGUGUCCGAGGGCAACGACAUGACCGACGACCAGGACCAGGGCAGCGGCGGCGGCAUGCAGCUGAGCACCGAGCUGACAGACCUGCAGAAGGCCAAGAUCGCCACCAGGUGCGGCGAAGUCGACUCACAACUCAUGGACGGGGCCGACGAGUACCUGCAGCUGCUGAAGCUGGGCGCCGACCUCAUGAACAUCCUCAAGCAGGGCGGCAACAACACUCGCCCACACCACAACUGACGAAGGGCAGACAGGCAGGGAGGGAGGGAGGGAGGGAGGGAGGCGUGGCUAGCUGUCAUGCAUGUAGCGAACGACCGGACCGAUAGGACAGAUGGCCGGAUGGAUGGAUGACGGGGUGGAAUCGGUGUGUGUACAGAGAGUGAUAUCUAGCGUCUGAUGUAGCCCUGAUGUAGUGUAGCAGCGGUGGACAGACAGACAGCCGCGGGGGAUGGAUGGCUAGACAAUGGAUGCUUAGUGCGGGUGCCAGUGGAGUGGAUGGAGAGAGAG